CUCUUCCUCUUUCUCUUUCCUUCCUCCGUGCGUAAAGGACCCAAGCUGUUCUCCUGCAAGUCCCGUGGACGACACUCAGCGAGCCGCAGCAUUUCCCCCCCAGUGACAGCAUCAUCCAGGCACCGCUGCAGAGAUGGAGGUACCAGCCUUGGCGCACAACAUCACCAGUCCGUUAAGUCCCUGCGAGGGGAUGAUCAAGGACCUGAGCCUGGACGCCAUACAGUUGUGCGAGCGAGAUGGGAGUAAAUCCCAGGACGGCAGCAUCUCGGAGAACGAGGAGCUUCCUGUUCCCCAGAACAUCAAGAUCAGCAACAUCACCUGCGACUCCUUCAAGAUCUGCUGGGACAUGGAGCCGCGCAGCAAGGAGCGCAUCACACACUACUUCAUCGACCUGAACAAGAAGGAGAACAAGAACUCAAACAAGUUCAAGCACAAGGACGUUCCGACCAAGCUGGUGGCCAAGGCCGUGCCCCUGCCCAUGACGGUUCGAGGCCACUGGUUCCUCAGCCCACGCACCGAGUACACCGUGGCCGUCCAGACCGCCUCCAAACAGACCGACGGGGACUACGCCGUCUCCGAGUGGAGUGAGAUCAUCGAGUUCUGCACCGGCGAUUAUUCCACGGUGCAUCUAAACCAGCUGCUGGAGAAGGCCGAGGCCAUCGCCGGCCGGAUGCUGCCUCUCUCCGUCUUCUACAGGAACCAGAACAAAGAAUAUUUUGACCAUGCCAGGGACGAGCAGGAGAACCGCAUGCUGCCGUCGGUGAAGGACGACAGCGGCAGCCACGGCUCGCCCAUCAGUGGGAAGCUGGAGGGCCUUUUCUUCAGCUGCAACACAGAGUUCAACACGGGCAAACCUCCGCAGGACUCCCCGUACGGCCGCCACCGCUUCGAGGUCCAGGCCGACAAGCUCUUCAACCCCGACACCAACCUGUACUUUGGAGAUUUCUACUGCAUGUACACGGCCUACCACUUCGUUAUUCUGGUCCUGGCGCCGAAGGGCUCCAAGGGCGAUGACUUCUGCAAGCAGCGCCUCCCUUUGCUCGACAUGGCCAACAACCCUUUCCUCACCUGCAAGCGGGUGGAGGAGGGCGAGGGCGGCCUGCUGUUCCAUCACGCCCAGGACGUCAUCCUGGAGGUCAUCUACACGGAGCCCGUGGACCUGGCGUCGGGCACGGUGGCCGAGAUCAGCGGGUACCAGCAGAUGAGCAUGUCCACGGUAAACGCCAAGAAGGACCCGAGCUGCAAGACCUGCAACAUCAGUGUGGGGCGCUAAGCACGAGCAGAUUGCAGGAGAGCAAGGGAAGGACUCGGGGGUGACCGGCCUCCACACACACACACAGGAAGUCCACGUGAACUGAUGAAGCAGACCAACACAUGCAUGAAGCAGCAGAUUUAGUAGACUCCCAGACAUGCACACCGACAUCUCUCUGACACCGCUCUGUGCUCUGAAGAGACCGACAGUCCCCGAAGACGAACGGAGGAAAAGAGAGGAAGGGACUCACACUUUGACACCUGCACCAUCGCCUCCUCGUCUUUAAAGGGGUCGCCCUUACAUGUUGAAAGCAUACAUCAGUUCAAACCUGAAGAUGUCCACAUAAGGGACCACCAGCUGACACACCACCACGGACUCAUCCAUCCAUCCUGCAAGUCAUCUCUGGCGUACUGACCAAACCCUCUAACUCUACUCAAAACAUGGGCUGCUUCCAUUCAGUUUCCUCUUUCUUUAAUUUUAAUUUUGUUCAUGACCUUUGCCUUGUUGUUAUUGACAUGCCGACGAUUGUGGACGAGCAUUUUGUUGUUUCUAGUUUUCCUUUUUCUAGAAAUGUUUUGUUAUUUUUCCACAGUCGAGAAAAUCUGACUUCUGUAUUUUUUUUUUGACCUCCUACUACUAGUGGCAUGAAAUGGUACUACAACAUUCUAAGGCCGCAGCAUCAACGGUUAUCUUUCUUUAAAACAAAGGUGUUAAAAACCAGACAUGAAACUGCUGUGGAAUCUAAUGAAACAACCAGUAGAAAGUUCUCAUGUGAACUUCCCAUGAAGAAGCAGCAAAGCAUGAUGCAGUUCUGAAAGCUGACCUCUAACUUAGCAACCUUUCUGUAACACUCGCUCUUCUUUUACUGUAGUCAGUGCAAAGAAAGUAGAACCAUGAACUGUGUUUAGCAGAAUAAAUGUGAAAAAAUAUUUAUUUUUUAUUGAUAUUCAUAUAUAUAUUGUAUAUAUAUAUAGAAAAUUAUAUAAACCAGAAGUGCACAAUGUCACACACUCUGAUCAUUGUCAACAACAGCAUUUAGGGGGAAUUAAUUAAACAAAGGCAAAAAAUAGGGGGGGAAGACAUAUUCGACAGCAGUAAAACUUGCAUUACAAUGUCAAAGGUUCACCAUCAUUUACAUGGUCACGAUUUAGAUUCACUAUAAAGUUCAGAGCGCAUUUCAUAGCACAACGCAGGACACAAACAAACUGACAUGCACAGCCACGACUGGAUUGUCUCACUGAUUGCAUUUAAACAUUCGCAUUUUGUUUUACAAAGACAAAAAAUACAGUCUCCACAUGAACUAUGGACACAGUUGUCCAAAAAUAGAACUUUGGCAAGAAAAAAAAAAAGAGGCAAAGUGCGAUAGCUAUACGUACGGUCAUCUUAAAAUAACGAAUAUGUAACUAACACCAAGUAGUUACAGCGCUUCAUCUUUGAUACAGACUAAUGCUACAUGAGAUACACGUGCUACAUCGGGUUUGUAACGAGACGUGUCACAUCAUGAUAAAGGACGAGUUGUUUUUUGGGACGAAAAAAAUAUCUCUGCAGUCGUCCCGAGAAUUUCAACAAACAGAUUCUCUCCAACUUCCAUCACCGCUCUCCUCAUGUAAAGUGCGUCCACAUAAUGAGCAUGGCAUAACAAAAACAGACCAGGCCCACCAGCUUCUCAGAUCUGAUCCAGUCCUGUUAAGUUACAUUAGAGUCCCACUGUGAGUCAACUCAACUGGUCUUGGCUGAGUCCUGUUGUUUACUGAGCAGGGCCUCCAGUAGGCGGAGCUUCGCUUUGAGGUUCUUAUACUGGCAGUACUCCUCCGCCAUCUGUCCACGGUCCUCCUUCUGACAAGCCCUGCUCCAAACACACGGAGGGGAGACGAUGCAAAAACAAAAGGCAAAACUUAUUUUGUAGUUUCUUAACAACCUGCAGCAGCUUCCAUAACUGGUUGAUAGUCCCUAUGUUGCCUUAUUCAGAUUGCUAUGUACAGUGUGUAUUGUAAUCAAGAUCUGACUGUAUUUUGCUUUGGACGACUAACAUGUACAUGUACAAAGGAUGUGAACAGUCCAGAGCAAACGUCUUCUCUCUCUUCGUCUCUUUCCUGAGCUCUCUGUGCUGUGUUAACGUUACGUAAGUGAGCAUCACGCUAACGUCGUACCACUGCGGCGUUAUUUCUUUUGUGGAUGUUUUUUUUUUUCUUUGUUUUUCACACGGCGAUGUUGAAAACCAAAUGUUCCAAGUUUAUUAAAAGAGAAAAAUAAAAUUCAAAAGCCACGUAGUUUGGUUGGA